GCUCAGAAAGGUGAAUGACUUGUCUCAAGAAUCUUAUACUUGUUAAGUGGUGGAGCUGGACACAUUUCCAGGACCUUAGCAUCCUGAGACAUUUUGGAUUCACAGUCCUCAAGAUCGAUCCCAUCCGAGUUCAUCAUGUCCAAGUUAAAAAGCUCAGAGUCAGUCAGGGUGGUAGUUCGCUGUCGACCCAUGAAUGGCAAGGAAAAAGCUGCUUCGUAUGACAAGGUGGUAGAUGUGGAUGUGAAGCUGGGCCAGGUGUCGGUGAAGAACCCCAGAGGAGUUGCCCAUGAAAUGCCCAAGACCUUCACCUUUGAUGCAGUCUACGACUGGAACGCCAAACAGUUUGAACUCUAUGAUGAGACUUUCCGACCACUGGUGGACUCCGUCCUGCAGGGUUUCAAUGGGACGAUUUUUGCCUAUGGACAAACUGGGACUGGGAAAACCUACACAAUGGAAGGAGUCCGUGGGGACCCUGAAAAAAGAGGGGUCAUCCCUAACUCGUUUGAUCACAUCUUCACCCAUAUCUCUCGAUCCCAGAAUCAACAGUACUUGGUCAGAGCUUCUUACUUAGAGAUCUAUCAGGAGGAGAUCCGAGACCUGCUCUCAAAGGAUCAGACCAAAAGGCUUGAGCUCAAAGAGAGGCCUGACACUGGAGUGUAUGUGAAAGACCUGUCUUCUUUUGUCACCAAGAGCGUGAAGGAAAUAGAGCACGUGAUGAAUGUGGGGAACCAGAACCGCUCUGUUGGUGCCACCAACAUGAACGAGCACAGUUCGCGUUCUCACGCCAUUUUUGUUAUAACUAUCGAGUGCAGUGAGGUGGGCCUCGAUGGAGAAAACCAUAUCCGUGUAGGGAAACUGAACCUCGUAGACCUUGCUGGCAGCGAACGGCAAGCCAAGACUGGUGCACAAGGGGAAAGAUUGAAGGAAGCAACCAAGAUCAACCUGUCCCUUUCCGCCUUAGGUAAUGUCAUCUCUGCCCUGGUGGAUGGCAAAAGCACUCACAUUCCAUACCGGGACUCAAAGCUUACCAGGCUCCUCCAAGAUUCUCUUGGGGGCAAUGCCAAAACUGUGAUGGUGGCCAACGUGGGGCCUGCCUCUUACAACAUAGAAGAGACUCUGACCACGCUGAGAUAUGCCAACCGUGCCAAAAACAUUAAGAACAAGCCAAGGGUCAACGAGGACCCUAAGGAUGCCCUCCUUCGAGAAUUCCAGGAAGAGAUUGCUCGGCUCAAGGCCCAGCUGGAAAAACGGUCCAUUGGCCGGAGGAAGAGGCGAGAGAAGCGGAGGGAUGGUGGUGGUAGUGGUGUGGGUGGGGAAGAGGAGGAGGAGGAAGGAGAAGAGGGUGAGGAGGAAGGGGAUGAUAAGGACGAUUACUGGCGGGAACAGCAAGAAAAGCUGGAGAUUGAGAAGCGGGCCAUUGUAGAGGACCACAGCUUGGUUGCGGAGGAGAAGAUGAGGCUGCUGAAAGAGAAGGAGAAAAAGAUGGAGGACCUGCGACGGGAGAAGGAUGCUGCCGAGAUGCUGGGCGCCAAAAUCAAGGCCAUGGAGAGUAAGCUGCUUGUUGGAGGUAAAAAUAUAGUAGAUCAUACAAAUGAACAGCAGAAAAUCCUGGAGCAGAAACGGCAGGAAAUUGCAGAGCAGAAACGUCGAGAAAGAGAAAUCCAGCAACAGAUGGAAAGUCGAGAUGAGGAGACUUUGGAACUUAAAGAGACGUAUAGCUCAUUGCAGCAAGAGGUGGACAUCAAGACCAAAAAACUUAAAAAGCUCUUCUCCAAGCUUCAGGCGGUGAAAGCAGAGAUCCAUGACCUCCAGGAAGAGCACAUCAAGGAGCGUCAGGAGCUGGAGCAGACUCAGAAUGAGCUUACCAGGGAGCUGAAACUCAAGCAUCUUAUUAUAGAAAACUUUAUCCCUCUGGAAGAAAAAAGUAAAAUUAUGAAUAGAUCCUUCUUUGAUGAAGAGGAAGAUCAUUGGAAAUUACAUCCUAUAACCAGACUGGAGAAUCAGCAGAUGAUGAAGCGGCCAGUCUCAGCUGUAGGAUAUAAGCGACCCUUGAGCCAACACGCAAGAAUGUCCAUGAUGAUUCGUCCAGAGGCCCGAUACAGGGCAGAAAACAUCGUGCUGUUAGAGCUGGACAUGCCCAGCCGGACCACCAGAGACUAUGAAGGCCCUACCAUUGCCCCCAAAGUCCAGGCCGCAUUGGACGCGGCCCUGCAGGACGAAGAUGAGAUACAGGUGGAUGCAUCAUCCUUUGAAAGCACCGCAAAUAAGAAAUCCAAGGCCAGGCCAAAAAGCGGAAGGAAGUCGGGAUCCUCCUCCUCUUCCUCAGGAACCCCUGCAUCUCAGCUCUAUCCACAGUCUCGGGGACUGGUUCCAAAGUAAAGCCAGUUCCUCCUCUCCCGGGGUAUAAAUAGCAUUUGCCUUCUGAGAGGAGAGAUGAGCAAACGCCUACAGAGAGCACUUGAGCCCAAACUCAGAACCAUUCCCCUGGGGAGAAGCGCUGGCCUCUUUGCAGAUUAACCAACUUGAUCUGGCUGAAAUGUGCUGGUCCUAACCUGGCACUCGGCUCCUCUGGGAAACGUCCUUCAAUUAGCAUCUCAGAAAUGCAUGGGUAAGGUAAAGUGUGAUCGUCAGAGUGGAAAGCAAGAGAAUGACCAGUGACCUUGCUUCCCUUCUCCCUUGCCUUCUUCUCCUCUCCCUUCCCUGGCCCUCUCUCCCUCUCCCCUCUCCUUUUCUAGCCUGUUCUUGACACUGGGCUCCCUUCUUGUGGAACAGCAGGGUAGAAUCAGGAGUCACCUCAGCGGGACCAAGUCUUUGGAGCCUCAGGAUAAAAUGACAGCAAGGUUGAAAAGUGAAAGCCCUAGAGCUUGAAUAGGUGCUUGUUCUUGUAGGUAGCAAUGAGAAAUCUCAUUUGGAUCCAAGCCCCUGAUGGGCACGAUCCAUGGUCCUCGGUAAGAAGUGGAUCUGCCUUUGGGAUCUCAAUGAGGAAAUGUUUUCCGAGGAAGCUACCAAUUUUUGCUCCUGAAGGAUUCAAUGCUGGAAGCAAUAGAAAUCACAUUCCCUUUGCCUCCUUGGAGAGUUUAGGGAAGGAAACAGCUUCUUUAAAGCCUCAAAACCAUGACCAUCCUGUCCAAGACGUAAAUCUGUAAGCUGAUGCUGUGUCCAUAUACCGUGUCAUUUUACUCUUCAUUUGUCACCAUCUUUUCCCAUGUCUGCGUACUCUGAGCAUCCCUGCCUGGGCCCAUCCUCUGCCUUCUUUGAUGGGACAGGAGUAGGGGGAAUGAGACAUGUAGUGGCACUUUUGAAUUCCCCAUUUUGUUCCAUAUUUGCAUAGAGAGCAUAGGGGUGACUGGGCAGAUACAGAGACUGACAUGAGGCUCAGUGCAGUGGGAAGAAAAGACAAAACACAUGGAAGCAAAGGAACCCUGCUUGCCGUCAGCAAAAAACUCACCUAAUCCUAGAACUGUGGCUCCUCCCAGGCAGAACCUAAGGUGAUGGCAGGGAGUGGCUGUGGGAGUGGAUAGGCUCAGUGGAGAGUUAGGAAUUCCUGCUUACAUAUACUAGUUUGGUUUGUAGGUUUUCGUUCUCUGUAUUAUUGAAAUUCAAAGUUCAUUUUAUGUUGGUCAUUAGGUGACUGUUACUCCUUUUUUCCCCCAAGAGAAGCUCAUAAGUGUGUGUGGGUGUGCAAGCACAGUGGUGCCUGUGUUCUUUGAGUGUGUCUGUAAGAGAGAGAUAGAGACCAAGAACUUGCCCAGUUUCAGAAAUACACUAAUGUACAGUUGUUGCCUUUGUCUGUAUGAAAGGCCCAUUGAAUGAUUAACCCAGGCUGGAAGCACUCCCCUGUGGGUGUCUGACUCCAUGAGCCAAGCCUGAGGGGACAGUGUGAGUCCCCAGGUCUGCCACACUGGUGUACCUUGCUGGCACGGUGCCUCAGGAAGGUGGCGACUCAGGUGGGCCUUGAGUUAUAUUUUAGCUCAGCUGCUCAGUUCCCAGGGCACAUUUCUGGAUCAGAACCUGUGGGAAAGAGGAGGUGCCAAGUGCAAUGUCUUAGCAUCCUGCAAAUGGAGAUCUGGCAUCUGGCAGCUCAUCUGCUUUUUAGUUACCAUUCUUUCUGAACCCAAGGCCCUCUUCAGCAAUUCCCAGAGCAUAAUGGAGCCUUCCCUCAUCUUUCUUGGGAUCAAACCCUUCUUCUUUCUAAUUUACUCAGAAUUUGCCUGUUUGAAUAGGAACCAAAUGAUGAAGUGGAUAGCCUAACAUGGCUCUCUGCCCGCGACACCUAUUUCUUGCACCACAUUUUUUUCAAAGCUAAUCUGACUUCUGCAGGCUGAAAAUAUUCAUCUGGCAAAUCUGAGAAUUGAGCACUAUAGAUAACACGAUACCUUAAUACCAGUGUCUCAAGGUGGCUAUUCUGACCAAGGGUGGUUGCGGGACCAUAGAACUUUUCUAAGAAGGCAAAAGAAGAAAGCCAAGUUGACGAGCAGGGUUAUUAAAACAAGCUUGCCUUAUACUCAGCUGUGUUCGUCUGGUGGUCUGGGAAAAAGGUAGAACACCUGUGUGGAGGAGAAGCCGUUCCUUCCCGAGCAGUCUGUGGUGCUUUUCUUCUCUCAAAACGGAUCCGAUAAAAAUCUGAAUAGAGCAGACAGUAGAAUGUCUUACUGCUACCAGAAAGCUGCUGCUUCGGGCCCUGAAUUGAGCCACAUGUGUUAGAGGACCUACCAAACCCAGUGAGAGACCAGGCUCUCCUGUCCGCAGUCAUGCUGGAAUGCUCCAAACCAUCCGAGGACCUUCAUGCCAGCAGCGGUUAUUUGAAGUCUGGGCGCAAGCUAGCAGGAUAGAAGAUCACCUGGGAAAAGGACGUGAGACUGUGUGCAACCUCAUCAGGCCCCUUUUUUGCUCUGAUCAGUAGGAAUGUACCUGGUUUCUUAUUUUAAAGUCACAUGUUUCCCAGACCCCUGGAUUCAGAACCUGAGGCCACAAGUCAUAGGCAUGAAGCACUUUCUUAAGACUCUGACCUAACGUUGGAUCGUUCCCGUCGAAUGCCUGCAUGCUGCUUGAAUUGCACCACCCACACCUCCAUGACCAAGGGCGUCAGAGAGUUCUGCAGCUCAGGUGCGGGCCGCUCUCUGCUUUUCCUGUCUGACUCUUGUAAGUCCUCCCUCCCCCACUGAACGUAGAAUUGUUGCCAAGUUGCUGAGAAGUGUCGAUUCCCUGUUACCGUGGGAUAUCAGUUCUGCCUCACGUUUCUCACUUGAGGUGGAGGCUCACUGCAAGCAAUACCUUGGGCCAUAUCAACACCAUCAGUGGACAAAAAUGGGGCUAUUGAUAUACUCUAAAAGCCAUAAUCAAAAUGCUCAGAGGGAAUUGGAUAAGAAUGGUGGGCCUGCCUAUUGUCUAUCUCGCAAGGUUUUGUCUUGUACUGUUCAGAAAUCUGCCACCUUUCUCCCUGCCUUUGUUUCUUGAAUGAAAUGCUUUUGAAGUUAGUUCUGAAAGGAGUGAUCCUGGGGCAGGAAGGAGGCAGUGGGCUUUAUGGCUCCUUGAAGUUACUAUUGAUCUUGACCUUCUCUUUGGCUACCUUUCGACAAAGAAUAUGCCAAUACUUGGGGCUCUAAGUUUUACAGUUGAUAUUUAUUUGUAUCAUCUCUUUGUCUAGGAAUGUAAAAGUGGUUCUAAACUAAGAUGUGUAAUAAAAAUCAGAUUUAUUGUACCUACAAAAAGCUGUCCUCAUAAAUAACUAACGCUUUUGAAAAUGAUAACGCCUGUGGCUGACACACUGCCACUUUCUUUAAACAUUUAAUUCUCCUAGUGAAAGGAGAGCGGGAGUGGAAAUGAUAAUUGAGUUGGAAUGAUAGUAU